GCCGGGCUCUCCCUCGCGUGCAGCCUCUGCAGCCAGGACCCUCGGAGGAAGCGGGGAAAGAGAGGGCAGCCGGAGCAGGAGUGCAGGGAGCCUUGGCAGCCCGGUCCCUCCUGGGCGCCCCGCCGCCGGCUCCCUUCGGCCCCGCAGACCAUGGAGGAGGGGGCUGCCCGGCGGGGGGCCCUCUUCUGGUUCUUCUGGCUGGGCGCCCUGGCCGAAGCAGUGAGAGGUUAUUCUAUGACCCCACCAACUCUUAGCAUCACUGAAGAGGAAUACGUGAUCAACGCUAAGGAUACCUUGAAUAUUACUUGCAGAGGACAGCAUCCCUUGGAGUGGUCGUGGCCUGGAGGCCGAGAGGACACUGUCCAGUUUGGGAAGGAAAGUGAUUCAGUGGUGUUGGUGAGUCUUGAUGGUAUCCGAACAGUCCAGGAAGAAGAUUGUGAGGGCACGGAAACCAAGCCUUACUGCAAGGUGUUGACACUGAUGGGGACUCAGGCUAAUGAUACAGGCUACUACCGCUGUUACUACAAGUACAUCAAUGCCAAAAUUGAGGGCACCACUGCGGUCAGCACCUAUGUAUUUGUGAGAGAUUUUGAACAGCCAUUUAUCAAUAAGCCAGAGACUCUUCUUAUCUACAAAAAGGAGAUUAUCUAUGUUCCAUGCCUGGUAUCUAUUCCAGACCUGAACAUCACUUUGCUUUUGACAACCUCUGUCAUCUACCCAGAUGGGAAGAGCAUUGUCUGGGACAACAAAAAGGGAAUGUUAGUUCCUACCAUUCUGAUCAAGGACUCCUUGUUUGUUCAGUGUGAAACUCUCAUUGAUAAGAAGCUGUUCAGAUCCAGUUUCUUCCUUGUCCAUAUUGCAGGAAAUGAACUUUAUGACAUUCAGUUGUUCCCAAGAAAGGCCAUGGAGCUACUAGUGGGAGAAAAACUAGUUCUCAACUGCACAGUAUGGGCUGAAUUUAAUUCAGGAGUGGAUUUCCAGUGGGAUUACCCUGCAAAACAGAUGAACCGGGAAGUCAUUGAACUGCCUGAGAGGCGCUCCCAGCAGACGCAUACAGAACUCUCCAGCAUCUUGAUUAUCCGAAAUAUGAGCCUACAAGACCUGGGAAAAUAUAUGUGCAAGGCUAGCAAUGGGGAGCAGGACUUGGAGGAGAGCAUAGAUGUCAUCGUACAUGAGAAGCCCUUCAUCAACGUUGAGUGGAGGAAGGGACCAGUAAUAGAAGCAACAGCAGGAGAUGAAAUCGUGAAACUUCCAGUGAAAGUGGUUGCCUACCCUCAGCCAGAGUUCCAGUGGUUCAAGGAUGGAAAGUUAAUUUCCAACAAACAAUCUCAAUACUCCCUACAACUCAAAGAUGUGGCAGAGCAGAACUCUGGUUCUUAUACACUGGUUUUGAGGAAUAGUCUAGCGGGAUUGGAAAAGAGCAUUACUCUUCAGCUGGUUGUCAAUGUUCCUCCACAAAUCCAUGAAAAAGAAGCCUCUUCACCUAAUAUUUAUUCCCGUGAAAGCCGGCAUGUUCUCACCUGCACAGUCUACGGUAUCCCAGCACCAGAGAAGAUCCAGUGGCAGUGGAGGCCAUGGACACCCUGCCGGAUGUUCCCUCCACGGAGUCUCAGCAGACGGAGGGCUAUACGACGCCACCAACGGGACCGGAUGCCCGAGUGUAAGGACUGGAAGGAUGUGUCACAGCUGGAUGCUGUGAACCCCAUUGAAAGCAUUGACACCUGGACAGAGUUUGUGGAAGGAAAGAACAAGACGGUCAGCAAUUUGAUAAUCCAAGAAGCCAAUGUUUCUGUCAUGUACAAGUGUGUAGCCUCCAACAAAGUUGGUCGUGAUGAACGGCUCAUCUAUUUCUACGUAACGACCAUACCAGAUGGAUUUGAAAUUGAGUCGCAGCCUUCAGAGGAACUCAUUGAGGGGCAAGACCUGAGGCUAAGCUGCAAUGCUGAUAAUUAUACCUAUGAGAACCUUCAGUGGUAUCGGCUCAACCUCUCAACAUUGCAUGAUGAAGAGGGCAACCCAAUGGUUCUGGACUGCAAGAACGUCCAUCAUUAUGCAACAAAGAUGCAAGGCGAAUUGCAUUUCAAACCCAGCUCCAAUUAUGCUGCAUUGACACUUACCAUUCCAAGUAUCUCUUUAGAAGAUGAAGGAGAUUAUGUGUGUGAGGUGCAAAACAGAGAGAACAAUGAAAAACACUGCCACAAAAGAUACAUCUCUGUGCAUGCACUGGAGAUUCCCAGGUUGAAGCAGAACCUGUCAAACAUCUUGGUGAACGUGAGUGAUUCUAUAGAGAUGCGCUGCAAAGUGGAUGGCACUCAUAUCCCAAACAUCAACUGGUAUAAGGAUGAGAAGCUGGUAGAAGAGGUCUCAGGGAUUGACCUGGCAGAUUCCAAUCAGAGGCUGAGUAUCCAGAGGGUGAGAGAAGAGGACGCUGGGCUUUACCUGUGUAGUGUCUGCAAUGCCAAGGGUUGUGUGAAUUCAUCCGCCAGUGUCUCUGUAGAAGGUUCAGAUGACAGAACCAAUGUCGAAAUUGUGAUCUUGAUUGGGACAGGUGUCAUUGCCAUUUUCUUCUGGAUUCUCUUGAUCCUCAUCUUCUGCAACAUUAAGAGACCUGCUCAUGCUGAUAUCAAGACUGGCUACCUUUCCAUCAUCAUGGACCCAGGUGAAGUUCCUUUGGAAGAGCAAUGUGAAUACCUGCCCUAUGACUCCAGCAAAUGGGAAUUUCCACGAGAGCGACUUCAACUAGGUAAAGUUCUGGGCCAUGGGGCUUUUGGGAAAGUGAUGGAAGCAUCUGCAUUUGGAAUCAAUAAGACUAAUAGCUGUGAGACGGUGGCAGUUAAAAUGCUGAAAGAGGGAGCGACUGCAAGUGAGCACAAAGCGCUCAUGUCAGAAUUAAAGAUCCUCAUCCAUAUUGGAAACCAUCUUAAUGUGGUGAACCUGCUAGGUGCCUGCACCAAACCUAAUGGUCCCCUAAUGGUUAUUGUUGAAUUUUGUAAAUAUGGAAACCUUUCCAAUUAUCUGCGGACCAAACGGGAAGGAUUUAGUCCUUACAGGGAAAAGUCUCCCAGAUUGCGCAUCCAAGUUCGUUCCAUUGUAGAAGCUGUAAGAGCAGAUAGGCGGAGUCGAUCUGGCACCAGCGACAGUGCAAUCCUUAGCAGACUUCUAAUGAACAAGAGUCAAGCAGCAGUACCACCACCACCCCUGGUGCAAGAAGUGGAUGAUUUGUGGCAGAGCCCUCUGACAAUGGAAGAUCUGAUCUGCUACAGCUUCCAGGUGGCCCGCGGUAUGGAGUUUCUUGCUUCCAGAAAGUGCAUCCACAGAGAUUUGGCAGCUCGCAACAUCUUACUAUCCGAAAACAAUGUGGUGAAGAUCUGUGACUUUGGUCUGGCCCGAGAUAUCUACAAGGAUCCUGACUAUGUCAGGAAGGGCAGUGCCCGUCUUCCCCUAAAGUGGAUGGCUCCAGAAAGCAUCUUUGAUAAAGUCUACACCACUCAGAGUGAUGUCUGGUCAUUUGGAGUCCUCUUGUGGGAGAUCUUCUCUUUAGGUGCCUCCCCAUAUCCUGGAGUCCAAAUCAAUGAGGAAUUUUGCCAAAGGCUGAAAGAUGGCACCAGGAUGAGAGCUCCAGAAUAUGCCACUGCAGAAAUUUACCGUAUAAUGCUGAGCUGUUGGUAUGGUGAUCCCAAGGAGAGGCCAACAUUUUCUGACUUGGUGGAGAUCCUGGGGGACCUUCUUCAGGAAAAUGUCCAUCAUGAGGGAAAGGAUUAUAUCCCACUGAAUGACUCUCAGAGCUCUGAAGAUGAUGGCUUCUCCCAGGUGGCUUCCUCAAUCCAGCAGAACUCUGAUGAAGAGGAAUUUGACACCAGGAUACACUGUCACAAUAUAGCAGCAAGAUACUAUAACUGUGUGUCUUUCCCUGGCUGUUUGACUGGUGGGAAUCAGAUAAGGUGUCCAUCUAGAAUAAAGACAUUUGAAGAAUUUCCUAUGACACAAACUAUGUAUAAAGUACAUCCGGAUAAUCAGACAGACAGCGGAAUGGUUUUGGCAUCUGAGGAAUUUGAGAGAAUAGAAAAUAGACACAGAAAAGAAGGUGCAUCCAGCAGUAAAGGAUCAGUUCGAAAUGCCGAUUCAAUAGUAGGUCCAUCUGACCUGAGAGGCAGGUGUCGGCCAUCACAUCAGUCCCAACUCCGAGGCCAGAUUUUUUACAACAGUGAAUAUGGGGAACUGUCAGAACAGUCGGAGGAAGGCAGCUGUACUCCACCUGCUGAAGGUCCCAGUCCCUCCCUCCUUCAUGCUUCAUUUUUUUCAGACCAAUACUGAAAGAGGAACAGGUUGUGGAGACACCACGGCAAGCGAUGCACCUUUCUCUCACUGGAAGUCCCCAUUCCUUUGUCCUAGAAGAAUCUGGCAUAGGGAUCCCCUGUGGAACAGGUGGGGAACGCCUUGGAUUCAAAGAUGGGUGAAAAGCUUUUCGACAUGGGCCAGAAUUUUUGCAUCUGGCACAAACACAAAUCAUUGACCAGAUGCUAUUUUGUUGUUCUUUUCCAUUAGCUAUUGGGUACAGUUCUCUGGGUGAAACUGAACUGUUCUGUCUCCAGAUGGGUUGUCUUGUUAAGAGCUUCAGCCACUAUUCAGUAUUCAGCCUUCAUUCAAAUAGUUUGCCAUAAUAAGCUUUAUUUCAGGUCAGAUAAAAAUAGAUGUGACUUAGCUGGGUUUGUUCCUGAUACACCAAUUUGUUUGUUUCUGCUCUCGUUUCAACUCAUCUGGUAGAGAAGGGGCAUAAAAAGAAGACAGUGAAUUAAUUUGGGCAACAAAAGCAAUGGAGUUCAAUUUAUAGUGGAAGAUCAUGCACAACUAUAUGUUGUUGUGUGCUUUCAAAUUCUUUCCAACUUAUGGCAACCCUAUAGGGGUGGUGUUAUUAGCAAGAUUUGUCCAGAGGCAGUUUAUUUCCUCUGAGACUGAGAAAGUGUGGCUUGCUUAAGAUCACCCAAUGGAUUUUCAUGGCCAAGCGGGGAUUUGAAUGCUGAUCUUCAGAGUCCUACUCCAACACCCAAAUGGCUCUUGCACAACUAAAUACUAUAUACUCAGUUCUUGUAUGGUUUCGUGUAUGUUAGAAAUCAAGGUAACCCCAGUCUUUUACAACCUUCACUGUGUUGCUACAUCUGUUCUGGUAUCACUGGCUGUACCGAUACAAAAAGAAGCCAUUUUAUUUGUGUAUGUCCAUGGAAUCCAAUAGUAACUGGUUCCAGCAGUGAAUUAAUUUUCUUCACUCUCUUCUGAGAGGUAGAAAAGUUCAUAACUACUAAGAGGCCAAUCUGAAGAAGGAGAAUACCAAACUCAGAAUCUAUGGUAUGUAUGUGCCCAAUGUAAUAUAUAUUUUUCUAAAACAUUUUUUAAAAUUAAAACUGUGGUCUGCAUUGGCGGCAUGCUUUUCAUGCAACCUGUCAGUUAUCCCUCAUACUUUAUGCAGAAACGUGUUAGACUCUAACAGUGAGAGCCAUAAAUGACAGUUUGCCUAAAUGGCAUUAGCCAUACAGAUUAACCAUCCAUUUCCAUUGUCUUUAUUGCCAAUCACUUAUAACAGAAAUCAAAAUAUUAUUAUCCUCUAUGGUGCCAACGCAAAGCAUGAAACUGUUUCUUUCAGCAAUGAAUAUAUCAGCACUAGAGUCAUCUGGAAAACAGAUUCCUAACCCCCACCCCACCCAGUAUACAGUCUAGAAAUGCACAUAUUCCCCUUAUAACAAUAGAGAAGGAGACUUUCAGAGAUAAUCUAAAGAAGUUCUUACAGCUAUUUAAGCCCCAGUUCUUCCCUUUGCCUGAAAGCCCUACAUACUUGUUGUUUUCAAAUAUUGCUUGGCAGUCUCUUAGGUGCAUUGCUCUAGCAAUUGUACUUUUCCAAUGUCAGGAAACAGAGGAGAGGGAAGGCAGACAAAAUCUACCAGCUCAGAACAGCCAUUAUCUCCAGCGCCUCCUUCAAUAUUUCCACUCCUUCUGUAAACACUGACACUGAUGCCAUUAUACUGGCAUAGUACAUCAGCACAAAUCAGGCCUCAUGUCCUAUUCCAACAAGAAAUACCAAAUUUUGCAGACAGAUUAAAUAUUCAAAAAUUAAUUUAUGCAGAUAUAGCUAAUUUGCAUUAUUUAUUUUUAUUCUGGAAUUAGGGUGUAUUUCUGAACAAAUGCACCCAUUUGCCCUCUGCCUCAAACACUGUCUUUAUUCCAGUCAGUCUUUUUCUUUCUAGUUGCAUCAGCAGAUAGUAGUGGUUGUUUAUUUCCAUGACUGGGGAAGGAAUAUGGAGAGAACCAACCUGAAUUUGUUUUGUGGCACUUUCCCUGCCAUAUCCUACCAGCUUUUCUUCCUGUGCUCCAGUUUUGAAGGACGCUGCCACAGGCAAACCUCACAAGAACCUCUGUGAAAGUGUUAAUAUAUGGAUUUUGAUCAGUUUACAAACUCCUCUUUGGAAUUUUUGGUUGUGUCAAAAUGCUCUCAUUCUUGAAAGUGUCUCCAUAUCAAAGGAUUUCUGCUUGCAGGCCAGGCUUCUGUUUAUUGAACUGAUUGUGUUGGUUUGGCUUAUUUUAUUGUUCUUAUUGGGCAUAUUUUUCCAGAUUAUAUAUUUUUUCCUCCAUAAGAGGUCUUUAUGCAUUUACAUGUUUGUAACUGUCAUUGUCCAUGCCUUUUCUACACUGGUUUUGUACCUUGUGCAAGUACACUCAAUGUUUUGUCUGAUUUUGAUUACAUUUUUUAUCUAUACAAGUGUAGAGGCGUUGUCUAUAGUUAUUAAUGGAAGGUGAGGAGGACACAAAGCUCUCUUAUUUCUGUUUGUAUUAAUCUUUAUCUUUAAAAUAAUACUUCUUUGUCAAAAGAGGGGAAACUCAAAGUGCCUCUUAGCACAUUUACAUAUGUGCAGCUCAAAGAUGCACAUAUGUCCAAGAAAAAUUACACUACAUCUUCUUUCACACAAAUCAUCUCAAAGGUGCUACAAAAUCCCUUUGCAGAUUAUUCCCACCUAUUUUUUGUUCUGAGGAAAAUGUGGGUUGCUGCGCUGAUGCAUAUUGAGUUUGUUGUUCCCAUUUUGUUUUGCAAAUCUCUUUGAGUCAUUGUAGCCUCUGUGUUAUUCAUACAUGCCAUCAUUUCAGUUUAAAAUGGAGCCAGCUACUUUCCUUUAAAGCAGAAGCAAUGAUACAGAGUGAUCCAAAUCAAUUGGGAAGGUUAUUUGCACUGCCGAUGAUGUGGAUCUUUCAGGAAAACUCGGAAAAGACCCUUGUAUCAAAUAUGCCAGGUUAAGUGGGUUUUUUACCAGCCCUUGCCAAAAGUACAUUGAGUGCAUUCGAGACAUGUGUGAACAAGGAUUCAACCCAGAUUCAUCCCAGAUUAUUUUCAUGGUGUGAAUGGGACCUGAUAUUCCAGACUAACACAUCUCUGAAUUCAAAAUGGUGUAGCAAUGCUGGCUGGAGUCUUGUCUGGCACGUAUUAUGUAGCACCAUGCCCAAGCCUCCAAAUACUUAUUUACUAGGCAGCAGCCACUGUGAUCAAUGGGAGUCCAGUCCCCUGUUGCUCAGGAAGCAGAGGGCUGCCAUUUCCACUCUCUCGUGUGAGCAGUCUGUGGCAUGAUAGGCAGAAUCAGGACCCUGUUGCAAUUCCCCCUUGCACUAGAGAUCAGUUGCCUGAGAGGGAGUGAGAUGAGCAGCCAGCUACUUCCUGAGCAACAGGGGAAUGGAUCCCGUCAAUCAUAGUAGCUGCUUCCUGGGAAGUGCAGACUGGGGAACAUUCACAGUCCUUACGUAGCUCCAGAGUGAGGGUUACAUAGUGAUCAUAAAUACAUAACAGUCACAAAUGUGUAACUACAGGUUAUGCAUUCAUAACUGUGAUACAAGAUUCCACCAAUGUAAAUGGAAAAUAGGGUUUUGUGCAGAUUUCCUUCAUUAUUGAUAUCAGGUGACAACUGUCAUUGAUGUAAGUACCUGCAAUCACAGAUUGAAGCAGUUUCAGAUAUUUGCAUCUCUGAGCUGCCCAUAUGUAAAUAAUGCUUCCCCUGAGUAAUGGAAACACCAGCAUUCAUAUACAUGCAUGUGCACACAGAAACACAAGCUCUAAAGAUUCACCAGUCCAGUCUUUCAGAUUGGUUUGGUCCAGGUAAACUGAAAAUCAGCUUGUAGUUCUUUGAGCUGUCUUAGCCUUAAUACUGAUACCUUCUCAAAAUGGGGAAAAAUGUUUGAAACUGUAGCAGAGCAAUUGUUCUGCAAAGCAUCGUUAAGUGAUAUGUGUGUCCUAUAGUGAUCUCAUUGGCUUCAACUGAUUUUUAAUACAGAUAUACUCAGGGGUAUAUCUGUUGAAGGUUGCAGCUAAGGUUGUUGGCCAAAAUUCACUAAGUCAAUUACGAAUGCAGAAACUUAGCGUACAUGUUCAUGACUGUUUCACAGUCACAGUCCCUAUGUAUUUCCUAGUUUAGCAGAUAUACGUGAAAGUCUGCCAAUCCUCAUGUACCAGACAGCAUCCACUAUUCCCCUGUCAAUCAUAAUGUCACACGGUGAGGUUCCAAGGUGAGAGUGGAUUCAAACCCUUAUCUCUCAAAGUCCUAAUUCAACACUACAACAUGCUAGUUUUAAGGUAAUGUGUAUCUGGAAAACAAAGGGCUGCAAUGGCUAGUGGUUAAGAUGCCAAUUCUGACAAUCAGAAGAUCAGAAGGUUGGUAG